GUGAUUUCAGAUUCUAGUUUUUGUGUUUUGAGGGGAAAUUAGGUAAUUUGGUGAGAAAUGGAAGCUGCGAAUUUGACUGGAUUGAGUCCGAGAUUGAAAUCAAUUUCAUUGGAGAAAGAUAAAAAUGAUGAUCCAGAUUUUGAAGAUUCCGAAUUGGAAGAUAGGCAUUUUCAUUCUAUGGAUGCGUUGGAGAUUUUGAAGGAAACUGUAACGAUUCUUCGGUAUAAUCCAAUUAGUUUUUUGUCAAUUGCUGCAUUGUUAAUUUGCCCUGUUUCUGCUGUUCUGUUAUCUAAUGUGUUAGUUGAUCAGUACGUUGUGAAGAAAUUGAUGAUAAGAUUGUUGUUUUUGGCUAAAUCGAGUGGGCUUCCACUUAAGCCUUUUAUCAAUCAGUCGUGUCAAAAGUUCUCUGAAAUGGUGAUUUCAGCUGUUAUGUGUUUUCCGUUAUAUGUUAGUUUGUUGCUUUUGUCUAAAGCUGCUAUAGUGUACUCUGUUGAUUGUACUUACUCGAGGAAGAAUUUCGACUCUAAAAAGUUUUAUAUCAUUGUCACCAAGAUUUGGAAGCGUAUCGUGGUGACUUAUAUGUGGGUGUGUAUGGUGAUUACUGGUUGUCUCGCGUUGUUUCUUGUACUUCUCGUGGCUGUCAGCAGUGCCUUCUCUGUAAUGGGGUUCCCUCCAGACUUAAUUUUGUACCCCGCGAUGAUAGUUGGGAUUAUUUUCUCUAUAAUUUUAGCAAAUGCUAUGAUAAUUUGCAAUAUAGCUAUUGUGAUAUCUGUUUUGGAGGAUGACUCUGGACCGGAGGUGUUGCUUAGGUCUAGUUCUCUCAUCAAGGGGCAGACACAAGUUGGACUAUUGAUAUUUCUGGGAUCGACUAUUGGGAUGACAUUUGUGGAGGGAUUGUUUGAGCAUAGAGUGAAGAUAAUAAGCUAUGAAGAUGGAUCUUCAAGAAUAUGGGAAGGGCCUCUUCUGGUAAUAUUGUACUCUUUUGUGAUGCUUAUUGACUCUAUGAUGAGUACUGUUUUUUACUUCAGCUGUAAAUCAUAUAGAAUGGAAGCCUCAAAUGAAGAAAGUUUGCCUGUGUUAGAAGCCUUGACGAUUUCUUCAGCAUUAGCAGAAGUUCAAUAACAACAU